UCAAUUCCCAGAAGCCCGAGGGACGGACAGGGGGUGGAUGCAGCUCUCUGAUGCAGUGUACUGUUCAGUCAGAAAGGAGGAUCGCGUUUCUAUUUACUUUAAUAGAAUUUGCAAACAUAGGAGGUAUUUAAACUGGAGAAGCAAUGGAGCAGAUACAGAGUGUAACGACAGCGACAGUAGAAAGUGUGGUCCCAGGGGAUGAAGGCAAGGACAAGUUCAAGAAAUGUGACCAGAUUGCCUUUUACAGACGGCAGAAGCAGCUCGCUGGAUCAGUGCAGUACCACGCUCUGCUGGACACCCUGGAGGUAUCGGAGACCCAUGCAGAGCUGCAGCUUCAGCACACACACACAGAGGCCUGUCUGCUUCUCCAAGUGUGUGGAAUCAAGGGCAAGGCCGUCAGGGUAAAGAUCAACGAGCUGAAGCCUAUCAGAGCCAGAUAUGAAGUUCCGGAUGUUCUGAUUGGAGAGCCGGUUACUCAGAGACUGAGAGCCGAGCCAAGAGGGGGCGGCACUGUCACCCUGAGUGCAGAGGAAGGCAAUUUCCAGGUCCAGGUCAGGGGUCACCCGUUCCUAUUGGAGGUUGAGUGCGAAGGGGAGGUGCUGGUGAGCAUGAACGCACAGGGGAGACUGUACUUCGAGACACUGCAGACUCCACCCACUCAGGGGGUCUCGUCUGUUGACAGAGGUGAGGGGGAAGAUUCCCAAGGGCUGUGGAAAGAGGAAUUUAAAACUUUCCUUGAUGUGAAAGCAAAUGGACCCAGUUCUGUGGGCCUGGAUUUCUCUCUCCAUGGAGUGGAGCAUGUUUACGGAAUUCCUGAACACGCAGACACGCUUCGGCUCAAAAACACCCGCAGUGCUGGGGAGCCUUACCGCCUAUACAACCUGGACGUCUUUGCCUAUGAGAUUCACAGCAGGCUGGGUCUCUACGGCUCUGUCCCCUUGCUCCUGGGACACAGAUUGGGUAGGACUGUCGGCAUCUUCUGGUUGAACACUUCCGAGACCCUGCUUGACAUCGGCAGUGAGGCUGAAACUGAGGAGCCUCCUCAGAAGAAGAGAAGAGUGGUACCCUCCACUGAGCUGCACUGGAUGUCAGAGAGCGGAGUCAUUGAUGCCUUUAUCUUGCUGGGUCCAUCUCCUCUCGACAUCUUCAAACAGUUUGCAGCACUUACAGCCCUUGCUUUCGAUUCAGUUCAAUGGGCUGAGGUGCCAGUUCAUUGGAGUGACAUGCUGGCUCAUUGUGGUGCAGGCUCCCAGGCGCUGCCCCCCCUCUUCUCUCUGGGGUAUCACCAGAGCCGCUGGAACUAUGAGGACGAAGCAGAUGUGCUGGCAGUGGAUGCCGGCUUUGACCAGCGAGACAUCCCCUAUGAUGUAAUUUGGCUGGACAUUGAGCACACCGACGGCAAGCGAUACUUCACUUGGGACAACAAGAGAUUCCCAGACCCUGCCCGCCUGCAGCGCCAUCUACAGCACAGGAACCGCAGGUUGGUGGUUAUCAGUGAUCCACAUAUCAAGGUUGACCCGGACUACACUGUGUACAGAGACGCCAGCGAGCAGGGCUUCUUCGUGAGGAACCGAGCGGGCCAGGUGUUUGAGGGGUCCUGCUGGCCAGGUCUUUGCUCCUACCUGGACUUCACCAGUCCGCAUGUGCGGGACUGGUACAGCAGCCAGUUUGCCUUGAAUAAAUACAAGGGUUCGACAGGCACCCUGUUUGUCUGGAAUGAUAUGAAUGAGCCCUCUGUGUUUGACGGCCCUGAGCAGACCAUGCCGAAGGAUGCAGUGCACUGUGGUGGAUGGGAGCACAGGGAGCUGCACAACCUGUAUGGAUUCUACCAGCAAUGGGCCACCAUGGAAGGUUUGAUCCAGCGCUCGAAAGGUGCAGAGCGGCCCUUCGUUCUCACACGUUCCUUCUUCGCAGGCUCCCAGAGGUUUGGUGCUGUAUGGACAGGGGACAAUGUGGCUUCCUGGGAUUACCUGAAAAUCUCCAUUCCAAUGCUCCUCACUCUCAGCAUCACUGGAAUAUCAUUCUGUGGAGCGGAUGUGGGAGGGUUUUUCCAGGACCCAGAGCCGGAGUUGCUGGUCCGCUGGUACCAGGCAGGGGCGCUGCAGCCCUUCUUCAGAGGACACUCUGCCAUGCAGACCAAGCGGCGUGAGCCCUGGCUCUUUGGAGAAGAGAACACUCGUGCCAUCCGCGACGCCAUCCGCGAGCGCUACCGGCUGCUGCCCUACUGGUACAGCCUGUUUCACCGUGCACACUGCCACGCAGAGCCGCCCGUCAGGCCACUCUGGGUUGAGUUCCCUGGAGAGAUACAGUGCUUUGAGAUGGAAGACGAGUACAUGAUAGGGAAUGCGUUGCUGGCUUGCCCUGUGACGGAUGCUGGGGUGACGGAAGUAAAUGUUUUAUUUCCUGGUUCAGGGGAGUUCUGGUAUGACAUCAGGACAUUCAGACGCUUUGAGGGAGGCACUAACACAAGUGUCCCUGUGACUCUGGACAGUGUCCCUGUCUUCCAGCGAGGCGGCACCAUCGUCCCCAGAAAGACGAAAGCGGGCCGGUCGACGGCCUGUCUGAGCUCCAUCCCCUUUGAUUUAACUGUGGCCCUGGAUUCAGAGGGCUGUGCGGACGGGGAGCUGUAUGAGGAUGACGGCCGUUCCUUCAACUAUAGAACAAAGCAGGAGUUCACACUGAGGAGAUUCACCUUCCGCAACAAGACGUUGUCCUGCAGCUGUGCUGAUGAGAAAGGGCAGUUCCAGUGUGUGUGUUCAGUGGAGAGGGUCGUGUUCCUGGGACUGGAAGCCAAGCCGUCCGCAGUGAUUGUGCAGCAGGGUUCAGGUGUAUGUGAGAAAAAAAAGACCUUUCGUUUUGAGGAGGAGACUUCGAUGUUGACUGUGGAAAAACUGAAAUUGAAGACUGUCCACAGCUGGGAACUGAAGAUCAAAUAGAAAUGCACUAUGAACUAGCAUGGAUGAGUGUGGAUUGAUUACACAAGGACGAUAACACAUGUGCUUGUCCCCACCUCGCCUGUAAAUUGCACAAUAAAGUAACAGCCCUGAUGAACACAUUAGCUGUCAUUUGAAAGAAACUCCUAUUAUAGCAAACAUGUUUUAUUUGAAAAUGUGAUCUUUGGCACUACUUUAGGUUAAAGGGUACAUCAGUACUACAUGAAAACUAAAACAAAAACUAUCCCGCCUUGCUGUUCCGAAUAUGUUUGGCCAUUUUAUAAUAAUCCCUUUGCGUCCAAACAUCUGCAUAAUGCCACACUGCUAUAUCCAAAAUCACUGUUUUAAAACAUCUCUUCUGAGUCAAAAAACAUGACUUCCGUGUGUACCCUCACAUGUGCUCUGAAAUGUACUGGCGCAUGCCCAUUGAAGCCCGUUGUAUAAGCUAUAUUACCUCCGUGCGGAAGCACCCUAGUCUGUGUGACAAACAUGGUCCGUCUAAUUUUCCAUAAGGAAGGAACUUGUACCUGCUUUUGUUUUUCACACUGUACAUGUUUCCCUCACAUAUUGUAUUUUGA